AUGUCCCAGCAACGAGAGCCAUAUUCGCCGCCUCACACCCCUCCCUCCCAGACCGCACGAUAUAAACCGAAGCGUGGAUACUCAGCUCGACCCUCGAUUCGUGAUGCCUUCCCAGACGCCAUGGAGAAUCCAACCAGCGAGUCCGGAGACGAUCGAGAUCCUCAUGAUCUGUCCCUGUCCCCACAACAUGCGGCGCGAACGUCCAUUGUCGAUAACAUGCUUCUCUCGCUCGAUCAAUUCGCUCCGACCUCAUCUGUACUAGAUGACUAUCGUCUCUUCAACUCGGCAUUCGAGAAUGAUCAUAGCCAUUUCUCCCAGGAACCAACCCAGGGUCGAUACCGGGGCCAUACGUUCUCCUCGUCCAUGUCCUCGGACCCGGAAUAUGGAUUUGAAGAUGGGAGUGGCCGGUAUGCGACACUGACAGCGACCAAGGGCCGACGAAGCAACAGCAGUUCGACCUAUCAAACGGCACCGAGACACGCGGGGAGCUCGCGGGGCGGAGACGCCAUCAGCUCGCGCGGUGCAGGAUCGAUGCCACGGACGAACGCCGCUCGCAAUGGGAGCAAAGGAAGCGCGUCAUCGACGGCAGACUAUUCAUACACAAUCCCAAGAGCGCGGACGGACCAGGGCUUGAGUCGACGCUCCGCAAGCUUUGACUGCGGGCCCAAGCGGGCGUUUGCGCCGUACGAUGAUGCGAAUAUGGACCAGGACUCAAUUCUGUACGACGACCAUGAGGCCGCACCCACACCGAGUAUCCCGGCGGGACCACGCAAAGUGACCGACUAUAAUAGGUCAUCGAACCCGGUGGCUGCACGAACACCGGCAGCAAAAUCGACACAGGCGCCCCAGGCUCGAACAGCUCGCCCCGAUAAUUUGGGCACGGGGACUCUCAGAGUCCGGGAGAAUGACUUUCCAAACUUGGCCGAGACAGAGUUAGAUCUUCCCCCGGCCAUGCCUGGGUCUUUCGACCCUCCUGCUCCCAGUCCAACGAUCUCUUAUAACAAGCCGGCUUUUCCUCCCCCCGACCCGACGGCGAAUACUACCAUCUCGACGGGCACCCCUGCCCCCAACCCAGCACCAAGCAACAAAGAACGCCCGGGAUUCUUUCGACGAGUUUUUGGGUCCAAGGUCCCGGCCCCUGGACCUGCCCCGGCCUCACAGGAGACACCAAACUAUAGUCCAAGCGAGAUAGCAUAUUUACAAGAGACCGCGGUCAAAGAAGCCACUGCAGUGGCUGCCAGUUACAAGACACGGGCACAGCCAGCUACUCAGAGCUCGGCAGCAUCUUCCCCUGCCUCCGUUCGCACAGGGCCCCACCAGGUGGUGAACAAGAAGUCGUCCUUCUUCCGCAGGAGGAAGAGAUCUGUGGCUGAUCAUGUUCCGCCACCCAUCGUAAUUCCUCAACAUCUUGCGCCGCAAAAUUUGGAUAAUAUGAAGCCCGAGCCAAGCCCAGUGAGUAGCCUGCGCCAGGUCAUGAAUCCAUACCUCGACGAAGAUGUAGACCAAAAAGAUGAUGCAGAGUGGGAAGCUAAGAUUCGACAGCCCGCCUUCUUGCAGGCACAGAAGAAGAGAGAGAGCGUUUCCGCUCCAGGGGCCCCCAAGGCGAUCCCAUCUCUCCAGCCCUCCACAUCUCGUGCCCAAGAGCGAUCCCCACUUGCAGAGAACCGCUCCCAGUCCCCGAAGGCUGAAGUCCGCGCAGAUUCAGUUCUGCAGGAGAAACUACAAAAUGCCGCCCAGUCCGCUGCGCUCUCCCCGGUGGAAGAGAACUUCUCGCGCAGCAUCAAGUCACAAGUGGAAGCCCCUUCUACCAAUGUGGCCAAGCUAGCGCUCCCAUCCGAUGACGUAGCUUAUGAAUCCCCUGUUGAUUCUAUCUCGACAGCCUCACACUAUCAGACUGCAGCAAAUACUCCACUCAUCGAGCAAGAAGAACAUAAGCCACUUGCCCAAUCCGAGGACCAAGAAGAUGGGCCCGGCGACGCAAUUGAGGAUGGGCCUACGGCAGCAGAUCGAGAGCAAGCUCAAAGGCUAUUUGAUAGCCAGGAUGAGGUUGUUGGCAAUGAGCCCGCUGCCGCUUGGCUCGGUGAUCCUGAUCGGGCGACGAUCCGUGAAGCGUAUAUGCGACUGUUCAACUGGUCGAAUCUGAACAUUGUUGCUUCCCUUCGGUCACUCUGUGAUCGUCUCGUUCUCAAGGGAGAAACCCAGCAGGUCGACCGAGUGCUGGACGCCUUCUCGACCAGGUGGUGUGAUUGUAACCCCAGUCAUGGGUUCAAAGCCACUGAUGUUGUCCACACCAUCUGCUAUUCCAUCCUUUUGCUGAAUACUGACUUGCAUUUGGCUGAUAUUGAGUCAAAAAUGACUAAGUCUCAAUUCGUGCGAAACACUAUGCCCACUAUCCACCGAGUCGCAAUGGACGCCGCUCCUGAAGGAUUUGAGACUCUACGCCCAAUCAAUCGUUCUAAGAAUCAGCCUCAGGAAUCGGUCUCAGCGCCGACAUCAGCACGCUCUGCAACUUUCCCUUCAGAUGCUACACGAAAUUCGUUGGACAAAGACAGCGAGUCCAAUGUGGACGCAGGUCCAUUGGUCAACACGCCAUUUGUUGGAACUGUCAGAGCCUGGGAGCAGCAAGUUGAAACCGUCCUCAAGGAAUUCUAUACCUCAAUUCAAAAAGAAAGGCUUCCGCUCUUUGGCGCGCAGCCAGAGCGAGAAGUCUCCCGAAUGUCGUCGAACAACUUCUUGGGCCCUUCCAGUGGUACCCUCCGCAGGAGUCCCAGCACCAUCAGUAAGAGCGGCUCCGACAUCUUCCCUCGUGGUCGUUCAGCAAACUCGAGCCAUGGGGCCGCGCGGUGGUCUUCGAAGCCUCGAUCCCGAGCCGGAAAAUUAUACCCACCUUCAAUGAUGGGCUCCAGCCGUACCAGCCUCGAUGACCAGUCCUCUGUCUGGAGUCCUGGAGGCUCCAGUACCUGGAGCAAAUACUCCCUGGGCAAGUUCACAUCAGCAUCUGUGGACUCCUUUGGCUCGGACUUCCCUCGCGGUGAUUACCAGCAGUCUAUCGGUUUCGCUAAUGCCCUCAGUCAGGCUAUAAUUCGUGAAGAUUCUGCUACUUCGGUCUACAGCUAUGAGGAGCCCGAGCGGACCACUCCGCUUCUCGAGGAUGAAACGUUGGCUCUGGCCGGAGCGCCGUGGGCCAAGGAAGGAAGCGUGAAACACAAGCACCAUCUGGAUGCGGUGGACAAACGUGCCAAAGACCGCAAUUGGAACGAUUGCUUCGCGGUCAUUCAGCAAGGCUGGAUGCGACUCUUCUCCUUUAACAACUCCACCAAAUCAAUGCGGCAAAAGUCGAAACAGCGUGGAGGUGUCGUUGUAGGUGGCGGUAAUUGGACUGAAAAUGCAGAUGAGCUCUGGAAGUUCAUGCUCCGCCAGACCAUCGCCAGCGCAUUGCCGUCACCCGGAUACUCCAAGUCCCGACCCCAUGUAUGGGCUUUGAGUCUGCCUACAGGGGCAGUCCACCUCUUCCAGGCCGGAACACCAGAGAUUGUCCGAGAAUUUGUAUCCACGGCCAACUACUGGAGUGCUCGCCUAUCCAAGCAGCCACUCGUGGGAGGCAUCAGUAACAUUGAGUAUGGAUGGAGUGAUUCGGUCAUCAACAGUGCCCUGGUUGGCGGCGAAAGUCGAUCACCGCCGCCUUCAUCAGGCGCCAGGCCAAGCAUCCAAAGCUCUAUUCGAAGCUCCAUCGACCAACAAGGCAUUCGCCCCCGACUCCCCGCAGAUCGGGUGAAUAUCAGCGACUGGAGUCCACCCCAGCAGAGCAUGGUUGCCUCCAACCUGAACGAGGAGGAGCAGUUGCAAGCACUGCAAGAUUACGUGAAGAACGUAGAGGACGAUCUCUCCCGUCAUAACGAAUUGCGUUCGGCCAUGAAUCUUGCCUUCUCCCCGCGCCAUCCCAACGCUGCCAAGGCCAUGGCUAACUGGGAACGGAAAUCCUCAUAUCUCCUACGGGAGAUUGUUAAAUUCCGCACCUACAUCGACUCUCUACGCAACGCUAUCAGCUCAAAACAGAAGAUUCUGACUUCUGUCGACCCUGAAAAGGAAGAAGAAUCAUCUGUGGAUCCUGUCACUGUGGUUGCUGCGUGA